UCUGACUCUGCAUUCCUUUCUUUUCAUUUAAAAAAAAAAAAUACUUACCUUUUUUUUUAAGAAUGAAAAAUUUAAAAAAAGGUUUUAGUAAUGGCGCUUAUGCAAAUUCAUUCACGCAGUUGACGUGCUUUCUUCAGUUUAGAAAUAAGCUUUAUUAGUUUUUUUCUUACAAAAUAAAAACAUUUCUUUAUUGUUUAAAUAUGGCAAAAACUAUGUAUUUGGUGAGUAGCAUAAUUAUUUGUUUCGCUGGAUUUAUUGCAUCUUUGACUAUAGUAGCACCAGAAUGCAACCCCCCAGACUUCCCUGCAGGAGGAGGUUAUGGCCCCAUACAAGAAUAUUACGUUGUUGGAGAUGUUAUCUACUAUUAUUGCGAAACCACGAGCUAUAUAGGUGGUAACUUCUUUCGAAGAUGCGAGGACGACGGAGACUGGAUUGGCGACACGCCUGUGUGCGAUUUUCCAGCAGAGAUGUCAAUCACUAACCAAUCCAGUACGGAAGAACCGAAAGAAGAAAAUGAAGCUCUUCUCGCAAGUGAUGGCGAUCAAACUACGUGUUCAUCUACAACUCCUGGUCGGGACAGCUAUUGGAUGGGAAUGUUUCAGGAACCUGGAGAAUUGAUUCGAAUCAUGAUUUUCAUGCCACAAGGAGAAAUUGCUUAUAAAGUUGUCCUUUUGAAGAGUAAUGGGAUAACACACAAUUGCGGAAGUGAAAGAGAUAGUAAUUCUCCCAUAGGAUGGAAAAUUCACAACUGUCCUAGUCCGGAAAAUAGAAAUACUAUAGGAAUACAAAUAAAAUCUUUAUCUUCUAAACCUCUUCAUAUCUGUGAAGUCAGAGCCUACCUCUUAACGACUCCAACAUGCGUGGACCCUCACUUACAUAUAAAUUAUGGUAGGAUUCAGCUAACUCGAAAGACUGCUGAGUUAGUUUGUGAAAAAGGUUUCAUACGUAGUCCUGACGAACUAAUGACAUGCAUACGGGGAAAUGUUUGGAACGAAAAAAAUCUUUAUUGUCAAGAACAACUCUAUGAUCUUGGAGAGAAAGAAAAUCCGCCUGACAAUGAGCCAUAAUUUCAGAAAUUGACAUAUAUAGAUCAUGAUAUUUUAAAUAUCAAAUUGCCACUAGCCACGGACAGAUUUCGGGAUAACAUGUUAUCCGUGUUAUGACCAUCACUUAUGGCUACUCUUAAUAUGAUCACUCAAAUACUGCUACUGAGAAGAUUACUUUGUUGUAACUUCUAUUGUGACCACUUCUAUUUUAAAUUGCUUAAGCGAAAGUUUAGAUAUCAUUUCCAAUUUGAAUAAUAGGACAUAAAUUCGCUAUUUAGUA